UCUCGUGUGUAGAAGUGCUUCAACCUAGCUCUGAAAUCCACUUUGUUCGCCUUGCUCUUUAUAUCACCUAAAUUUUAAGGCCAUUGGAGCAAAAUGCCUCGAUUAACUUGCAAAAUUAUUUAUUCCUGUUAAUUCGUUUACCGUAUGAAGGAUUUCGCUGGACGAUCCCUAAAGAUACAAAACAUUCCGUUGAAAACUUGACGUUUAUUUGGGAACGCAAUCAAUGGUAGAAGAAUGAAUUUAGGUGAACGCCUUUCAUCAUGUUUGAAAUCUUAUUAUCGGAAACAUUUGGUGGAGACUCAAGCAGCUGUGGCGAAUCCGAAGGAAUUGUGUUCUGAUAAUUCCGUGACAUCUCAACUCCUUGUGCCGUCACUGAGAGUGCCUGCUGUUGGCUGGGAUGAUGAGCGAUUGGUCAGCCUAACUCCGUCUCAAGUCCUGUUACCAUUAAUUGGUGACAGCGAAAAAAAUUCCACUUUCCACAGUGGAGCCAAAAUAUUAUAUUUAUCUGAUGACCAAGAAGUGGCAGCGUCCAAAGAAACGCUCCUCAACGAUAUACUCAGGGACUGGUGCCGCGACGAGAACGUGCGGCAACAUGAAGGGCUCUGGUGCUUUGAGUUAGUGAUCGCCAUUGAAGCAAAGUCGUUGGUACGAGAUGGAAUAUGGAAGUACUUGCGACGUUUGGUACCAGACGCAUACCACAAGUUCGGUGACAAGGCCAUCAAAGAAUGCAUUACCAAGUCACGUGUCCUCUUUUUAGUGAACAAUUGGCCGGACUCAAGAGUGAGCCUUUCUGCCUACGAACUUUCUUUCGAUACCGUCGAUAAAAAAAGGGAGUUGCAGAAGAGCGUGCUAGCAUUCUUUGCUGCAGAAAUGCCCCUUUCUAGGUUUCUCAUCUCAAUACAUCACACAUGUUUGUCGGAGUGGCUAAAAAUCCUACAAAUUGAAUUGAAAGUAUCCGCGUUGUUUGCCAGACUCACAAGCCAACUGAAAACUCCCGAUCUUCUGCUUGAUAGCAAGCACAGAGAAAUAGUAAAAUGGUGUACAGCGUCGCUUUGGAAAGAAGAUUGUAUCAAACACUGGCCACGGUGCAGGCAAUCCCAAAUAUUAAGGUUGUUUUCACAUAACGAUAUUCUUUAUUCUUCCAGAAGUAAAUGCGACUUAGUUUGGUCUAUGCUGACAAUUCAGCUUCAUCUUUUUCAAGAGUACACUUCUUGCUCACUUGAUGCAUGCGAUAUCCUCUUCUCAAGCCUGUGUAAUUUGGCAUACGACUCUCAGUUUGGCAGAACCAGCGUCAACCAACACUUCGAACGCAUUAAUCUAGCACCGAAACUAAAAGAUAAAUUUCUUAGAUAUUUCUUACUGAUUCUUCCCAAGUUUGCUCCGGCCACGACUGAUUAUUAUGUGUCGUUUAUGAAUGAACUUCAAAGUCAUGUGCUUGUUUCUUGGCAUGUAUAUAGAAACAAGCUGUCUAUAGCAUCAUCUCUGGGAGAAUCGCCGUGCCGGGACCAAGUUGCUGCAAUGUUUAUAGGCCACAUGCGAAGGGAUGUUGAAAAAAAUACUCUUCUGCUUGAAAAUAAAACAUUACAUCGUGAGCUCAAAAGCCUUUAUCUUUUGAGUGAAAAAUCCAAUGAUCCUCAAUCAUACCUUUUGCAGCUUCUGAGUGAGAUCCAUGAUUGUGAUCCACUUGUAAAAAUUUUAUUCGAAAAUGCCGUUUUCCCACGGCAACUGGAGUUGUUUGAGGACUGCUUGAUAAAAGAUCCAUUACUUAUUUAUAUGAAGGUCGUACAGCCUAGAAGAGUCCUACUACUGGUGAGAUGUGGUAAAGAGUCUCAGGAACUGCUCUCAAUUGUUGACGAAAUACGCCAAUUAGAUCUGAGUUUUGGAUUAGGUCUCAUGCACCACUUGGAGCCAGGUAAUCUGGACACUAGCGAUGCAAUUGUUAGUUCCGCUCUUACUGGCUCUAAAGCUCGAUUGCAAGACCUGCUUGGGUGCUUAACGUUUCCCGUUAUUGAGAAACUGACGCCUGAAUCUGCCAGUCACCUGACAUGCCUGCGAGUGAGAGUGAAUUCACAGCUUGACUUGAGGAAGAUUUUCACCGUUCAGUCAACUUUACCGAACCUCAUGUGGUUCGAAAUAGACUUCGAUCUUCCUCUCGAAAAUUUUACGAAUACUCUAUUGCAGAAGAUAAAAACUCCGUUGUGUGACUUAACUUUUUAUGGGCUUAAAAACUGCGACGUUGGUGCUCUCGUAAAAUUUCUAGAGGGAAUCCGAGAAAGCUAUCUUUCUGGUCUUCAUUUGCGCAACUCAACUCUAGACGUAAUUUCAACUAUUACCUUGGUGCAAGAACUGAAGAAAGUAGACAUUGUCUUAUCAACUCCUCCCGAGACGAUUAAUGUUUACAGGAGAUGGAGGUACUCGGAAUUAUCUGUCCUUGGCAACAAUGAGAUGAUGGAUGAAGUUAAAGUUCUAACACUGCUGGGCUACGAUGACCGCCAUCAGUACAGUGACAACGAAGUGCGUACGUCCGUUGCCGCUACCGAAUCCGACAUUGAAAACUUGUCCGAAUAUCUAAACGAAAAUGAAGAUUUGACCUACUUUAAAUUUGGGUCUCCUUACGCUAUUGUGACAAAACUUUCAAAUAAAGAUAUAGUACGCACGCUAAUCCAAGCUGAACAAAAGCUUACCAAUUAAUUAAACCACUUUACAUUGUAUCAAUUAAUAAAAUCUCUUCAAAUUACA